CGUUCUCCGCUGCUGAAGCGACUGCGGGGAACCAGAUGCCCUACUGUGAGCCGCUGCCUGUGGAUAUCGCGGAUGCCAGAGCAGAAUAGACCUAGUCGAGAGACAGACCCAUUCACACUCAGCCAAAGCGAAUAAAGGAGAGGGGUAGUGGGAGAGAUAAGGAGAGGUGGUUUUACGCGUUGUCAGUGUGGUUUUCAGCUUCGGAAAAAGAGCUACUGUAAGAAGAGGAGGACUCGCAAUAUUGGGCACUAGAAUAAGAAAAAAACGCGUUUUCCCGUUCUGCUGCUGCUGCGGCUCGUGAGCGCAUUCUCUGCUCGGUUUGGAAUACAAUGUGUCUGCAUGAGACCAUGGAGAUACGGAGUGGAUUUAUCAAAGAGCACUUCGACAGUUUAUGAACAAAACUGGACCUCUCUUUUUCUACGGCAUUUUGCCCCCCUUUUUCGUUGGGAUUGUGUUUUUUUGUGUAUUUUUUCCGUUUGCAUAUUUUCGUUUGAUUUAUGGUGUUUUAUGAUUUCAUGUCAUAUUUUCAUUUUUUAACUAUUUCGGUUUUUACUUUUCAUCGGUUUUGGAGGAGAGCUGGAUUGACUCGUCGUGAAGAUUUGUGGAGAGAAGAUUCCCCGUCGCUCAUGUGAAUGAUAUUCUAUCUCCCCAACUGAGACGUGCCAUGGAUGGAAAACUUAAUUUGCAUCAACGAAACCGAUCGGGAAAUAUCCGCUACAUCGAAUAACUACUGCUAACAGCAAUCAGGACGAAUGACAUAGGAUGAACACUACUGGCGGGGUGUGUCUGUGUGUGCUGUCGUCCCUCCUCGGUGUGGCCUGGGCCGUGGCUGCUCUAGUUCCUCUAGCUCUAGCUCCUCUUUCUACCCUGGCCGCUGCCUAUGGGGCUGCCAGUGGCGUCUCUCCCAGGGAGGCAGAGGGUGGCAGCCUCCCCUCCCAGUGCUCCAGCCUGGUAGCAGGGGUACUGUAUGGAUCUUUCUCUCUGAGAGAGCUGUUCCCAUCCCGGGUGCCGGGCUGUUCCUGGUCGUUGGAGAACCCCGAUCCCACCAAGUAUUCCCUCUAUCUCCGAUUCACCCGUCACCCCUCCAUCUGUCAAUCACACUCCCCCAUGCUCCUCCCACUCGACCAUCAUCUAGCCAAUCAGAGCUGCCCGCUGGAUCUACAGACAUCAACUCAGGACGUGAUAGACCUUUGCGGCAGCCAAUUAGAAUCGGAAGGACCAUAUUCAUUUUUACAGUUUGACAAGAACUUUGUUGAGUUAUGCCUGUCGAGACUACCGUCACCUGAUGAACCGCCGGUAACCAAGGAAACGCUAGAACUCCGGCUAGUCGAGGUUUUGCUAAUCAACAAUGAGAACUCCAGCCAGUUCACCUGUGGAGUACUCUGCCGAUGGUUUGAGGAGUGCCUGCGCAAUGGUCGUCAUGGAGACGGUGACGCUGCUGACGGUGACGGUUGCAGAGUUACUCAGACGGGGUGUGUGUGUCCUAACAACAAUGUGGUCAUGGCUCAGCCUGUACCCCUUCUCCCGUCAACGCCCCAUAACAACGGAUCGCUGUUACCUGAGGAUUGCUGCGUCACAGAGCUGCACCAUAACAAUGCCAUUGCCUUAGCCCCCAGGGACGUCAGACAAGAUCCCUACUCAGACUCAGAUGAUGAUGACCUGAAGGUGAAGACACAGAGACCCAGAUCAGCAGACCAGCCAGGUGUGUUUCAGGCACAGACAGGUGACCCUGCGGCGGAGGAGUGGUCUCAGUGGAGUGUGUGUUCGUUAACAUGCGGUCAGGGUUGGCAGGUGAGGACGCGCUCGUGUGUGUCCUCUCCCUACGGCACCCUGUGUAGUGGCGCCCUGAGAGAGACACGUAUGUGUAACAAUACCGCCACCUGCCCCGGUGACCCAGCACUGAGCUCAGUCCAUGGGCUGUGGGAGGAGUGGUCGUCAUGGAGCCUUUGUUCUGUCACGUGUGGGCGGGGCUCCAGGACCCGAACCAGGAACUGUGUGAGCGGAGGAGAGGCCAAGCUCUGUGGAGGGCCUGAGAAACAGACCAAACUCUGCAACAUAGCAGUGUGUCCCGUGGAGGGUCAGUGGUUGGACUGGGCUCCGUGGUCUAGGUGCAGUGUAACCUGUUCCACAGGGAGCCAACAGAGACAGAGGAGGUGUAGUGCAUCGGUGCACGUCUGGGCAGAGUGUAAGGGACCACACCAGGAGACCAGGGAGUGUACCAACCCAUCCUGCGGUGGUGGGGGUAACUGGGGCAGCUGGAACCACUGGAGUCUGUGCAGUAAGACGUGUGACUCAGGGUGGCAGCGUCGCUUCCGGAUGUGUGAGGGGACAGGGAUACAGGGUUACCCCUGUGACGGCUCCGGAGAGGAGGUCCGCUCCUGCAAUGACAAGAAGUGCCCCGCACCUCAUGAGAUCUGUAGAGACGAGUACCUUGUAGCCAUGACCUGGAAAAGUGCCUCGGCUGGAGAAACAGUCUACAACAAGUGUCCGACUAACGCCACUGGAUCUGCAAGUCGUCGUUGCUUGCUGGACGCUAAUGGAGUUGCUUACUGGGGUCCUCCGAGCUUCGCCAGAUGCGUCUCGAUGGAAUUCAGAUAUUUACAUUUAUCUUUGCGAGAGCAUCUUGCGAAGGGUCAGAGGACCCUGGCUGGAGAGGGCAUGUCUCAGGUCGUGAGGAAUCUCCUGGAUCUCUUACAGAGGAGGAGCUAUUACAGUGGUGACCUCCUGUUCUCCACGGAGAUUCUCCGAAAUGUGACGGACACCUUCAAGAGAGCAACCUACAUCCCAGUACCCGACGACGCUCAGAAAUUCUUCCAGGUAGUCAGCUAUAUGUUGGACAUGGAAAAUCUAGAGAAAUGGGAAGACGCUCACCAGGUUUCUCCUGGUGCGGCCCAUCUCAUGCGUAUAUUGGAGGACUUCAUCCAUCUGAUUGGAGAUGAUCAGAAACCCUUCCAGAGUUUCCUGGUGGUCACCAACAACCUCAUGAUUACAAUACAGCGAGAGCCUGUGACAGCGGUGUCCAGUGACAUCAACUUCCCCAUGAAGGGUAGGAGGGGCAUGAAGGACUGGGCUCGAUCUGCUGAAGACAAACUCUACAUCCCCAAAGAAGUCUUCACCCUCACCUCCGAUGAAACAGAAACAGAGACUUCAUAUUUUGUCAUCGGAGCCAUCCUGUACCGGACCUUAGGAGUCAUCCUACCUGCCCCCAAUCCCCCUGCUGUGAUCAACUCGAAGAUUCUGACGGUGACGGUCCGACCAGAACCCAAACCCAGUGAACCCAUGGUAGUGGUGGAGCUGUCCCCGCUGCUCAAUGGCACAUCAGAUCCUCAGUGUGUUGUCUGGGACUAUGGGAACCCGGAAGCUGGCGCUAAGAACUGGGACACCGAGGGCUGCCAAACACUCACGUCUGCCGCCGUCCACACUAAAUGCCUGUGCAGCAGGAUCUCAACCUACGCUGUGCUAGCGCAACAAGCUAAAGACCCGGAAAUGGGUCCGUCCAGUAUGCCCUCUGUGCCCCUCAUGGUGGGCUGUGGGGUCUCCUGCAGCGCUCUGCUUAUCCUGUUGCUCAUCUAUGCUGCCUUCUGGAGGUAUAUUCGUUCAGAGAGGUCUAUCAUCUUGGUCAAUUUUUGUCUCUCCAUCCUGGCCUCCAACAUCUUGAUACUGGUUGGACAGUCCCAGACACUCAGCAAGGGCCUGUGUACUGUGACUGCUGCUUUCCUUCAUUUCUUCUUCUUGGCAUCGUUCUGCUGGGUACUGACAGAGGCGUGGCAGUCUUACCUGGCUGUGAUUGGCAAGAUGAGGACACGCCUCAUACGCAAACGCUUCCUGUGCCUGGGCUGGGGUCUCCCAGCCCUGGUGGUUGCUGUGUCAGUAGGUUUCACUAGAGCCAGAGGUUACGGUACACCCAGCUAUUGUUGGCUGUCCUUGGAAGGCGGGCUUCUCUACGCCUUUGUUGGUCCUGCAGCCGUCAUCGUAUUGGUGAACAUGCUGAUUGGCAUUGUGGUCUUCAACAAGCUCAUGUCUCGAGAUGGCAUCUCGGACAAGUCUAAAAAGCAAAGAGCUGGUCCACCGCUGGAGGCGUCGCGUAGCAGACUGCUCCUGAAAUGCUCCAAGUGUGGUGUGAUCUCAAGUACAGCUAUGUCCAGCUCUACAGCCAGCAGCGCCAUGGCGUCCCUGUGGAGUUCCUGUGUAGUUCUCCCUCUGCUGGCUCUGACUUGGAUGUCUGCUGUGUUGGCCAUCACCGACCGCCGCUCCACACUGUUCCAGGUGCUGUUUGCUGUCUUUGACUCUGUCCAGGGCUUCGUCAUCAUUACUGUGCACUGUGUCAUGCGCCGCGAGGUCCAGGACGCAGUGCGCUGUCGGAUGGGGGGAUGUAAAGAUGACAGCGAGAACUCACCGGACUCAUGCAAGAACGGACAGGUGCAGAUCAUGACGGACUUUGAAAAAGAUGUGGACCUGGCGUGUCAAACAGAAAGAGGACACCCAUUCAUCUUCAAGGAGGUGAACACCUGUAACCCAGCAACCAUCACCGGGACCCUCUCCCGAAUCUCCCUUGAUGAAGAGGACGACCCUAAACUGGCGACCCACCAGGAGGGGGGUUUAGGGGUCAACUUCAGCUCCCUCCCUGGAAACAUCCCCCCUCCUAACCUACUCGUUCAGGUGCCCCCGCUGGGUGUUCUGAACGAGCUGAGUGACACCCCUGUGAAGAAGGAGGUGAACAUGGAGCAGAAGAGGCAGCAUGGGAACCCCAGGAACACAGUGCCUGUAUACCUCUGCACCGAUAGCGGGCUGGGCUGGUCUCGACCGCCUCCUCCUCACAAUACCCAGGAUGGAUCUAGCGGGGGAGGGGAGGGGGACUAUAUGGUGUUACCCCGUAGGACGGUCAGUCUAAAACCCCCUCCGCCCCCGGGGCUGGGGCUGGGGGGCGAGGACAAGCCCCUGAACAUCGCGGUGGACGACCCGCCUUUCCCCCCACCUCCCUCGCCCAUGACCCUCCACCCGGCAGAGAGCGAGGCCUACCCAGCCGACUUCAUCUCACCUGGCGACCACAACAUGAAUAUCGCAAUGAACAUGAACCGCUCCUACGGGACGCUCAAGCAGCUCCCCAUGCACGGGGGUCACGGACCCCAGGGCCACAUGCACAUUCCGGGAAGCCACGUACACGGCCAUGGGCAAUCACUGCAGCUGAAGCAGGGCCAGAGGCCGUCGGUGAGGCAGAUACUAACAGGAGGGGGAGGCACCCGGACCCUGCCACGCAACCUUGGCAGCACCAACGCUAAUGCCAGCCUCUCUGCUGGCUCCCUGGAGAGGAAAAGAGUACGGUACUCUGAGCUGGACUUUGAGAAAGUGAUGCACACUCGCAAAAGACACUCUGAGCUGUACCAUGAGCUCAACCACCCCACCACCAAGUUCCACACCAUAGACAGGUAUAACAGGGACCCCGCCAUGUCCACCUUCAAGGUGCCCCCUCACCCGCCUCCGAGGCAAGCCGAGCGGUCUAUAGCACGCAGAAUGUCCCUGGUUUACAAAGAGAGUCAACGUAAGCAUGCUAAACAAUACUGACACAGUAGAACCCUUUAACCUCUAACCUUUCAAUGACCCCUUUGAACCUGUCCCGGUGUUAGCCCUCCCAACAGUGACAUGACUGUGUUUUAGGUGAUUGUGUUUUGUUAGGUAUUGCCCCCUAGUGGUGUGGUGGUGUUGUUGACCAACCAGUAUAGUUGGAGCCUUUCUACUGUACUUCUGUUGUAGGACCGUAUGAAUGGUGUUGUCCUGCGUCCCAAAUCGCACCCUAUUCCCUAUAAUAGUACACAACCUUUGACCAAGACCCAUAGUGCACUUAGUGUAUACAGUGGAUAGGAUGGCAUUUGGGACACAUGUGGGUUCAGAUGAACUAUGAGCAUCUAUGCCUAGCGAUGCACUGAGUUUAGAUCUGGAAGGAUUAGAUAGGUGUAAACAAGAUCGUGGAAUCGUACCCUAGCCCAUUCGGGAAGAUUGAGCAAUUGCUAUACGACUAAUCUCGGUUAAACCCAAAACUGAAGUCUUGGGUAAUUGGACAUAUGCUCAAUUAAGUUCUGGAUCCAUAUGUGUUAAGAUGAGAGAGAGGACGAGGAUCAGAACCAGAAAGAAGAGCUCCACCCUCUCUCUUUGGAAGAUACUGACAAGUUUAUGCGCCUUUACUUCCGAAUUUCUAAAAAUGAUAAUACCAUCGAAAUUGUGAUAUGUCCAAGUAACCAGUGCCAAAUUCCGAAGGACUGGAACUAAAGCGUCUUGUUAUCAUUGUUAUCGCACACAGAGCUACGAUACCAUUUAUGUUUACGUAGUCUGUCCACAAGAGAUGACUCUAUGACCAACACUCAUCUUGUUAUUCAGUUCUAGGUGAAGUGCAUAGAUGGGGGCUAGUGGUUGAUUUUGGACUCGGCAUAAAUCUGCCAUGUUAGAAAUGCAGGGUGGGAGAUAACGUCGGCCAUUUUGACAUGUGAACCCGUCCGGUUGUUGUAUCCGUUUCAGUGCCCCCACCUUAAUAAGACCUAAAUUGAUUUAAAUGAAAGUUAUAAACCCAUCCAUAAUAAACCAAUGAAACAAUCAAACAGGUUUAUUAUCCCCCAUAACGUUUUUCUCCAGCCAAUAAACAAGCAGAGAUAAAGCCAGGCACUGAAACAGACCCGACACUAUGUGUUCUGUAUGGGCAAGAAAAGCCUGUCAUUGGUCAACGGUAACAGAGCAAAUGUGUGUGAGGAGAUAAUGAAUGCGGCUGUCAGUAGAGAAUUGACCAUUUUGGAAAGGUAGGGUCUGCCAAUAUGCUAGCCACUGAACAGAUGAGUGGAUACCAGACAAAUCAUACACACACACACACACACACACCCACAUUGGUAUUCUGUUUCCCCAUCUUCUCCAAUCUUGUGGCUGAUGACAGCGGUGGGCUUGUGAGUGGUCUCGAGCAUUACCAGACAUCUACCUGCUCAAAUACAAUCCAUCUCACAAUCUCCUCAUCUCUUUCUCUCUCUAUAUCUCUCUCUCUCUCUCUCUUCCUCUCCCUCCCGAUCUUCCUUCAUCUCAGCCUGACCUGUGCUACAAUAAUCACUCAUAUGGACCCAUUCUUCUCUCACUACCAGUCUCUCACUAUAUUGUGCUGUACAGUAUGUGUGUUAUCUUGUGUGAGCUAUCCCUGUGAGUUAGUGUGCUCUGUGUGCUAUGGCUGGUUCCAUCUGAAAGGCAUUUAACUUCUAAGUGAUGACGGAGAUGCUAGCCGGAUAGCUACUCGCUGCAGCAGGGCCCAUAUGGCUGCAAAUGGAUGGAGCCCCAUGUUCAAUCUAUCCUCAGUAAUGGAGACACUACCAACGAACCUGGCAGGGGCCCAUGGCUAGUGCAGGGUGGGAGAGAGAGAGUGAGAGAGAGAGGGAGGGGGUGAGAGGGGUAGGCUGUCCACUGAAAUAUGUAUUUCUUUCACUCUCCUAACUCUCUUCCUCCCACCAUCUCUCUCUCUGUUAUCCGGGGUUCAAAAGGUGAACAAAGACAUUUGCAAGCAGUCCCCAGCCAAGUGAUGACAGAUCCACUCUCAGUGUGUAAUGAAGUACUGAACUCUGUGUGUGUGUGUGUGUGUGUGUGUGUGUGUGUGUGUGUGUGUGUGUGUGUGUGUGUAUGCAUGCUCAGGCGUAUGGUACGACUGUUGAGCUGUUGCAUAUUUCAUCUCUCAAAUGGGCUGUGUUACUUCUUCUCCGUCUUAUUUGUUGUUUUCUCUCUCUCUCUCUCUCUC